AUGACGAAAAAUAAACCAUUUGUUGCUCUACCAGCAAAUCCUACCUUCGCUCAUAUCAAAUCCAACAACGAAGAAAAUGCAAAGAAAUCUAAAGCCAAGUCGCUUAUACAGAAUGUUGUAGCAGAUUUUGUUAGACUUCUUGGUGAAGAAUUUACAGACAAACGAAUUGUGGAGAAAAAUCUUGUGACUCUUCAUGAGAGGAUUGAAUCUAAGGUUUCAUCUUUUGAAAAAUCCAAGAACCUGGACAAACUUUCAUUAGGUGAACUAAUGAUUGAUGUUCAAGCACAAGAGCAAUUGAGGAAUAUGAGACGGGAAAAGUUCACUGAAGGAGCUUUUUCUAUACAAAAGCAAAAAGGAAAGCAACAAUAUAACCAAAAGAAUAAGGGCAAGUGUGAUGGAGGAAACAAUAGUGGAGAUGUUAAGCAAUAA